AUGUCAGCUGGAAAAGUGUACUCUGCAGUAUACUCUGGUGUUCAGGUUUACGAAAUGAUGAUUCAUGGCAUUGCCACCAUGGUGCGAGGAGAAGACUCGUAUUUAAAUGCGACACAAAUCUUGAAAGUAGCAGGAUUCGAAAAGACCAGAAGAUCCAAGAUAUUAGAGAGAGAAGUGCUAAUAGGGGAGCACGAAAAAGUGCAAGGAGGUUAUGGCAAAUAUCAAGGCACAUGGAUUCCGUUUGAAAAGGGAAAGGAAUUGGCAGAGAAAUAUGAGGUGCUCGAUAGGAUGAUGCCUCUGCUGAAUUUUGACCCCAAUCAACUCUCGUCAUCAGAAGAAAUCCCAACAAAAGAGGAAGCUCAGUUACAGGCCAAGAAAGAGAACAAUCGAGCAUCUUCUUCGCCAAGAAUGGCGCCACUUGCAUUGCCAGCACCGCCACAAACUUCAUCACAAUCAUCCACUACGCCCUCCUCGUCCAACAACAACAACAACAGCAGCAGCAGUAGCAAACGAAAACAAUCAUCUUCAUCUGCACAGAAUCGAAAAAAGCUCAAGCUCAUGGGCGUAUCUCCCGAGCCAGUUUUGGUGGACGAUGCCUUUUAUGAGCACCAUCGCAGUCUUUUAAUGAACCUGUUUCUCUCUGAUGACCCUAAUGCAACACCCUCUCUUUCAGCACUCUUAACAAAGGACAUGAGCAUUGAUCUCGUCAUUGAUGAGCAAGGCCAUACAGCACUUCACUGGGCAGCUGCAUUGGGAAGAUUGCAUAUAGUCUCCUUGCUGAUUGAGCAUGGCGCCAAUGUGUGUCGAGUCAACUACAAGGGCGAGACACCAUUAAUGCGGGCGGCUAUGAUUACCUGCUGUUACGAGAACAAGAAUUUUGCAGAGAUGGUGGAAAUCAUGGCCGACGCUAUCCCAAUAACAGACCAACGAGGCAGAACUGUCCUGCAUCACAUUGCGCUUACAGCUGCGGUGGAAGGCUACACAGACGCUGCUAUUUAUUACAUGAAACGAUUGGUCAAAGGUGUACCCAAGAAGAGCAUUCUCAAAAACAUCCUCAACAUCCGAGACACACACUAUUACGAAUCAGCAUUAGCGAUCGCACUCAGAGUGGAAUGCCAAGAUAUUGUGGAUAUUCUGAUUAAACAUGGGGCUUUAGACCCUCUAAUGAGUGGCAUAGAUGAAGACGAAGAAGUUGAUUUUGAACCCAUAGAAUAUGAGGCUAAUCCUAAAGGAAAGGACAUUAUGAAUUCGCUUCAAUACAUGAUUGACAAGCUCGAGGAGGAUUACAUUGAAAAGCUCAAAAAGCGAGACGCUGAAGCACACGCUCUGAAAAAGGAGAUGAAUAUGCUCAAAUACGAGCUACGAGAAGCUCAUCGACGAUUAGAACUACCAGUGUCUAUGCAACUUGCAGAAGCCAGAAAGAAAAUUCAUCAAUUGGAAAACAAAGUAGCCUACGAUGAAACAACCAUUGGUGAUCUACGCAUUGAGCAACAAGAAGCCAUGGAUGCAUCUGAAGAUCCUACCGACAAAUCGACCAAGGAACGAAAAUUAGAAAAGAAGCUCAAGACGCUCCAAAAUCAAGUAGAGUCUGGAAACAAGACGAUUGAAAAACUGCAGGCUGAAUUAGCAGCUGAAAAGGCGAGAGCAAAUGAAAAGGAAAUGGAAUACAGACGAUUAAUUGCAGCAAGUUGUGGCUUACCGAUUGAAAGAGUGGAUCGCUUGAUUAAACCAUUGACACUAGCGAUUGAAAGCGAUCCGCCUGAUCUUGAUAUGGCUCGUGUCAUAGGGUUCAUGGAAAGGUUGCGUCGACAAGGCAGCCAUGCCAACGGUACUGGCAGUAGCAGUAAUAUGAAUUCACCUCGUGAUCCCAAUGCUGCCACCACGCCUGUCUAG